CGUGAGCUCAUGGAGGAGCGCGCCAGGUUGCUCGUGGGGCUGGCUGGCGUGUCGGAACAUGGGGCGGUACCAUCACUGAAGACGGCAGCGCCGUACUUGCAUGAGGCCGGGUCGAAAGUAGACGUGUCUGCUGCAGUGCCAGGCAAGCGGAAAAACCCUGAUGUACAUGAUGCAUCUGCUGUUUUGGCGGCCACGGGAAGCAAGAAGCCGAAGUCAGGCCUGACUUGCACGGUGUGCAACAUCACGGCAACCAGCGAGGUUGCCCUGCAAGAGCACCUCCGAGGGAAGAGCCACGGGAAGAAGGCCGCUAAACAUACGCAGCCAUUGCCUGGAACAGGUCAACCAGAGAAGGAUGCGUUCAGGUUGAAGGUAAAUGGGUCGCCAGCCUUACCGGCCAAGGGGAAAAACCCUGGUGUUGCUGUCGCUUCAAUGACUCUCGCUGAAAAAGGGUGCAACAACUUGGGCUUGAAUUGCACGGUCUGCGGCAUCACAGCAAGCAGUCAGAAGACCAUGCAAGAUCACCUCAAAGGGAAAAUUCAUAUGAGGAAGACUGCCAUGCUCUCGCAGCCAUAUCCUAAGGAGAAUGGGGUCUGCUCAAAACCAAAUGCAUCAGCAGCCGUGCUACCGGCCAAGCGGAAGAACUCCGACGUUGUCCCAGCCGCAUCCACCCUUUCAGCCGGGCCAAGCAGCAAGAAUCAGAAGCGAGGCUUGACCUGCACGGCAACCAGCGAGAAGGGCAUGCAGGAUCACCUCAAAGGGAAGGCUCACAUGAAGAUGGCGCCCUCGCUUGCGCCUGGGGAUGCGGAGGAAGAGGCAGAGGUGGAAGGCGGCUACACGCCGAGGAAGUUCCAUAUGCUGACCGACUCCGGGACAUUGUGCGAGGUGGUGCAGCUGAACGGCUCCAUCCUCUGCGAGGUGUGCGACGUGCGGACCGCCGACAUUGUUACCAUGAUGUGCCACCUACAGGGGACCAAGCACGUCUCCAAGCAGGCCAAGCAGAAGCAGUGCGAAGCCGUGGAACCACCGGCUGCCGUUGCUGCUGAUGGCGAUGGGCCAGGAUCAGAAAUGGUGCCCAUGGAGGCCAAUGGCGUGGGCCGGGUGGACGGUGGCUCCCUGCUGUGCGAGCUCUGCAACGUGAAGGUGGCGUCGGAGUGCGACAUGCAGUCUCACCUGUCCGGCAGGAAGCACACCAACAAGGCGAAGUUGGCUGCAGUUGGUGUCAGUGCAUGUGGCAACGUGUCAGGCUCAGAAACUGUGCCCAUGGAGGCCAAUGGCGUGCGCCGACUGGACGGUGGUAUCCUGCUGUGCGAGCUCUGCGACGUCAAGGCCUCGUCGGAGUGCGUCAUGCAGACUCACCUGUCCGGCAGGAAGCACACCAACAAACAGAAGGCCACCGUUGACGCCGGUGCAGGACAGGGGGUGAAGAAGGCUGCCGCCACCGCCGCCACGAUUGGCAGCCCAUCCAAGGAAGCCGCCUCCAUCGUCGUCAAUGGCAGUGAUGACUCGGUGAAGAAACCAGCAGCGGGAGAGAUGGACGUAGCUGUGUCAUCGGCAGGACAGGGGGUGAAGAAGGCUGCCGCCGCCGCCGCCACGAUCGAGAUGGAGGUAGGUGUGUCAUCGGCAGGACAGGGGAAACCAGCAGCGGGAGAGAUGGAGGUAGCUGUGUCAUCCGCAGGACAGGGGAUGAAGAAGGCCGCCGCCGCCGCCGACACGAUCGGCAGCUCAUCCAAGGAAGCCGCCAACAUCGUUGUCAAAGGCAGCGAUGACUCCGUGAAGAAACCAGCAGCGGGAGAGAUGGAGGUGGUAGUGUCAUCGGCAACGCCUCAAGUGGAUGUCGCCGCCCCGGUCUGCGCCCAUGUCUCCUCCGUGGCCCCCAUGGAAGUAGAUGAAGGUGCAGGGGCCGGAGAUGGUGCUGCCAAAGCUGAAGAACAAGAGAAAGCUGAUGCCGAGGAAGAGGGAGCCGUGGAGAACGACGGGGGCCCCGCCGUGACCGGCGAGGAGUAUUACAUCAAGGUGGAGGGCAAGCUGUUCGUCACGCUGCGCCAGGCCGACGACAGCCUCUCGUGCGGCCUGUGUGGCGUGCACGGCUGCGACAAGCGCGGCAUGAUCAGUCACCUCUACACCAGGGACCACUGGCGGAGAGCCCGUCUCGCCGAGGAGAAGAAGCGGGCAUCGGAGGCAGCGCUAGAGGCAGUGAACAAAGACGGCGACAGGGAGCGGCUCAGGUCGACAACUGAGGGCAGCCGUUCGUGACUAAAAGGCGCGGCCAGGUCCCGUGCAUGGGACGCUCGGCGGUGUGUGCUGAAUAUGUGUGUAUGGGCUGUUGAGACUUCAGUACAAUUGUUGAGCCCUUGUGUGGGUGUGUGAGACAACUUGAAAUCUUUCAGUACAACUUAUUUUAGACUUCGUACAAUUUUCUUCCA